GAAGAGUGUGUGCUGAUGCAAAUCCAAUCAAAGGUGAAAAACAAAGAAGGAACAAGAUCGAAACGGAAGAGAAAAGCUGAAACAGCAAUCCAUUAAUGGUGGUGAUGAUCAUCAAGGGUAUAUUCAGGAGGUAUGAGAAAUGGAAUCCUGUUCAUCCUACUUAUGGAGCCUUUUGGGGAAUGGGUAUUGGCAUUGGCUGUGGCGUCGGAUGGGGACCUGGUUUUGGCCCUGAGGUCAUUGGCUACGUCGGUGCUGGCUGCGGCGUUGGUUUCAGUGUUGGCAUUACGCUCGCUGGUCUUGGCAUUGGUCUCCCCACAAACCUUCUUCUUGCAGCUCCUUAUAACACUGUAGAAGCAACUAGAAAGGGUGCUAUUAAGUUGUUUGGUAAUAGUCUUUCAAUUGAUGGGUGGAGCGAUGUUAUGCCUCAGUUUGUUGGGUUGAAGAGACAAGUCAGUGAGAUGUGCUCUGGUUUUAACAAGAAGCCUCCUCUCUUAGAUGAUGCCGUUGACUUGAAAAGUUUGCCUUUGUUCAUUCCACAUGAUUGUGGAAGCUCUGGGAUCCAUCUUCUCUAUAUGCGCAAAGGUACAUUUCACUGUCUAUAUGUUUAUUUCUCUAUUAAUGUUUUAAAGCUCUUCUCUAUCUGUUUUCUUGUCAUUGAUAAGACAUAUUGUUGUCUUAAGAAUCGAUCAUUUUGUUUGUUAGGACAAAGUGGAUAGAGAAAACAGUAAAAGAUGUGUCAAACUUUAUUUUCAGGUUUGAAAGACAAGAAACGUGGAGAUUCAUCAGCUAUGUAAUGACGUUAGACCACGAGGAUCUCAAGCAUCUGAGACGCUCCUGUCGAGAUUUUGAUUGAAUAAUUACUUUCCUGUCUUGGUUGGAGGGCACACUAUGAAACAAACCUGAAGCAUUUGUGUGUGAGUCCAUGUUACAGUUACAUAGAUACAUGUGCGAGGUUUGGUGUUUGGCAAUAGCAUUUAUGGACAGACAGUUCAGGUUAGGUAAAGGAAAACAGAGUGCAUAAGUGUAGUUAUGCUUCAAGCACUUCAUCCUCUUCACUCAAUACUCAUCAUGUAUUAUAAGUUUUCUUUUAACUCAUAUCAUUUAUUUAGUGACUAAGAGGUUUUGAAUUCGUUAGCUCAGCACAUAGCAAGACCACUGGACCAUGUAAUAUUUUUUUUUUCAAAUUUGUUUAUGUUUAUAAAACAACAAAACAAAACCCAAUACACUGCUAAA